AUGGCUGUGCCCUAUUGGAACCUGCAGGAGAUGCCUUGAACUUACAGACAACAGGGACAUCCAGAAGCGCCCAGAUGGACAGGAGUCACACCCAGAGAAGUCUAGCUGUGUCAUCUGUCCUCUGUGCUACUUCACAAACAGAAGCCACAGCUGCCAGCUCUGUACGACAGACAUGAAGUGGAGUACUCAGUUCCCCUGUCCAGAACACACCUACAGCUUGCAAGCAGGCAGCGGCUGGCUACAGGACUAUGCACCUUGCACCCCAGAAGCCUUUUGCCCUAGUGGACCCCCCAAGCCUGUGCCCUGCCCAUGGGGAACCUACAACCACACUCCAAAGGCAGAGCAGGAGGUAGGCUGUGCCUUGUGCUCAGCAGGGCACCAAUGUCCCAAGCCAGGAAUCAUCAAGCCUCAACCCUGCAAUACUGGCAGCUUCUCUGGCACCUUCCGAGAGGCUCCUGGGGCUGCUCGUGUGGAGGACUGCCAGCUGUGUCUCCCUGGAGCCUUCUGUGGCAAAGCUGGCCUGGCCAAGCCCCAGGGACUGUGCCACCCAGGCCAUUACUGUGGACCUGGCUCCAGCACUGCAACCCCAGAGGGACGCCCCUUUGGUAACCUCUGCCCUCCAGGCCAUUUCUGCCCUGCUGGCACCAAGGACCCCAGGCAAUGGCCCUGCCCUGCUGGCACCUGGAAUGCAGAGAAAGGGGCUCAAGACUUGAGCUGGUGCCUGCCCUGCCCACCUGGGUUGUUCUGCGCUGCAGCAGGCCAGGCUGCCCCCAGGGGCCCCUGUGCACCAGGAUUUCACUGCCCAGGAGGAGCACUCACUCCAAGACCACUGGGAGGACCUUGGAGACACCUUGGAAGACCCCUAGUGGCCAUGUCCAAUCUGAACAGAGAGCACAGGAAUGGCACAGGAGCUGAGGCUGUCCACCCUGAUGAAGAGGCCCAUGCAACCACAGGAGGUCCCUGUCCUGUAGGCCACUUCUGCCCAGUGGGAACUGGAAUGCCUCUCCCCUGCCCUGUGGGUACCUUUUCAGACCGGAUGUUCCUCUCCAAGGCCUCUGAGUGCCUGUCCUGUCCCCCUGGACAUUUCUGCGCAGCAUCUGGCCUCAUUACUCCCUCAGGACUCUGUGCCCCUGGCUACUUUUGUCUAGUGGGAGCUUCCUCCCCAACUCCAACAGGCCUCUCAGAGCGUGGGGGUCCCUGUCCCCGAGGCCACUUCUGCCCCUGGGGAACCAGCCUCCCACAGCCCUGUCUCUCCGGCUCCUACAGCACCCUCCCUGGCCAAGCCUCCUGCUUCACCUGCCCUGCUGGCUACUAUUGUCCAGAGAACAUGACCGACUAUAGAGAGCACCCCUGCCCUGCUGGCUUCUACUGCCCUCCAGGCACCAAGUACGCCACCCAGUUCCCCUGCCCACGGGGCUACUACAACCCAGACUCACUGACUCACAGCCUGGACAGCUGCUUGCCCUGCCCCCCAGGCCACUACUGUGGGCAAGAGAACCUGACCAAGGCUUCAGGACCCUGUGAUGCAGGCUGGUUCUGUGUGCUGGCGGCAUGGACUGCCCGUCCCUUUGACCUGGACAACUACACCAGCACCAACUGCCUGUGCCCAGCCACAGCCACAGGGGGAAAGUGCCCAGCUGGCUCCUACUGCCCCAUGGGCAGCCCAGAACCUACGCCCUGUCCACCAGGUUCCUUCUGUGCCACCUCUGGCCUCUCCAUACCCAGUGGCCCCUGCCAGGCUGGCUACUUCUGUGCAGGAGGUUCUAUGUCUCCAGCUCCUGAGGAUGACAUUACAGGGGCCCCUUGCCCUCCAGGUUCCUUUUGUAGUAAGUAUCUCCUUUGA